UGAACGUGUUGUUGCUUGUAUUAUUUACAUAUUAUAGUGUUACCUAAAUUAAUUUUGAUAUACCUGAGAUUUCUGAAUUAUAGAAUUUUUUAUCAUUGGGCUUAUUAUCGUGCGUUUUCUUAUUGGUUGAGUAUAUAAUGAAAUUCUCAGAACAACAAAAGUCUGAAUAAAUACUGUUUGUUACUAGCCUAUAUUAUGGUAGUUUUGGAUACCAUGGAAGGAGUUGGAAAUCUGGAAGAGGAAGCACAAAAAAGGAAAGAAAGGCUAAAAAGUUUAAAAAGAAAAAACACGAAUGUAACCUCAUCAGACUCAAAAAAUAAAGAUGUUUCUCCACUUCCUAGGCCCAUGUUUAGAAGUUAUAAACCACAAGAUGAGUCAUUGCAACAAGCAAAGUUACAAGAUGCGGAGCCAGAAAAGGUUGAUGAAGAAGUUAAAGAUUUAGUUGAAGCUGGGAAGGAAAAGGUUGUACUUCAAGAUUUAGAUAUAGCAUCACUUGCACCUCGAAAGCCAGAUUGGGACCUCAAAAGGGAUGUUGCAAAAAAGUUGGAAAAGCUUGAGAGAAGAACACAAAAAGCUAUUGCAGAAUUAAUUUGGGAGAGAUUAAAGCAAGGCUCUGAUGACAAUUUGGGGGCUAUGCUUACUAUGACAGAUACAAGAGUUCUGCAAGACGAUUGAAUUGUGGACAAUUAGGUAUACAUUUUUGAUGUUUAUAUGUAACAUAUUAAAAAACCAAAACAUUU